ACACAAUCAAAGCAGUCAGGAAAACACACAAUCAAAGGUGGUGAGGAUACAAGGGAAAAAAAAUGAAGAUCAACAUGAACAUGGCUCUCCCUCUGCUGAUCAUAGCGGCAUUAAUAUUAUUGGCGACGAACCCUGCUGCAUUCGUGGCUAAUGCUCAGGACUGCGGCCCCGGCAAGAAGUGCAAGGACGGCGGCUGCUGCAGUGAGUUCGGGUGGUGCGGCAACACCGACAAGCACUGCGGCGAAGGCUGCCUGAGCAACUGCGACGGAGACAAGAAGUCGCCGCCUCCUCCCGAUAAGGGUAACUCUUUUGCAGCCUUCAGGCGGGGCGGCGUCACGGUGAAGGGUGGCGACGACGACGGCUCCUACAACGACCCUCACUGCGGCUCGCAGGGCGGCGGCGCGACGUGCGACCCUGGGUAUUGCUGCAGUCCGUUUGGCUUCUGCGGGACAACUGUUGAUUAUUGUGGCGAUGGUUGUCAAAAUGGUUGCCAAGGCGGCGGCCAUUCUCCGCCAUCACCAAGAAGAGAGUGAAACUCGAUCUAUAUACAAGAAGAUGAUGAUUACACGAAGAGUAAAAGGAAACGGUAUUAAGAUACCUAAAUUUUUUUUUUGGUGGGAUUAAGAUACCUAAUUAAAUCCGGUCUCUAAAAUGUGCAUGUACUGAGUAGGAUUUUGCCUGCUCUUAGUACUAUAAAGCACUAAUGAAUAAAAGUUGUACGUCCAUCAUCUACAUGAAAUAAAAUGAGUUUUUUUCUUCUUAUAUGUUCAAUAUAUAAAAGCUGGCAGUGGGGUCGUUAAGACUUAAGAUUAAAGUUUAUUGGGAUCUUAUUUUUUGAAUAUUAUCAUAGAUUUAUGUGAAAAGGCAUGCAAAAAUACAAAGACUUGUUUUGUCAGUAAUUAGUCACUACUAUUCAAACGUAUAGAAGCAAAAUGAAACCCCUAGAACAACUUGACUUCUUCAAGUAAUGCAGUUGUUGGUGCCAAACUUAGAGCAGUCUGCUUCAAUAUGUUGAAGGUCCGGAGAGCGUUGUCCCAGAGCCUUUAACCACCUCCAGCUCCGUGCGAAUACCUGAAAAAAUAGGUCCCACCGGGGGAGUCCUGGUUGGAACCUCCUCCGACGCUCAAAUUAGUAACCUGAAUGGAAUAAAAUAAACAAGAUGAC